GAGCUCGGUCUUCCUUGCGAAAUUCAACGAGACGUUCGAAGGCGCGAUCGAACAGAUGAGCGAGAGUCGCGGGGCGUCGAUGCUGGGCGCGACGGAGCUGAGGCGCGCGGUGGCACUUACUAACAUCUGCAUUCAAAGGAGCGGCCAGAAUGAGUCCUGGAACGUGGCCGUGAACCCCAAACCGCCGCCGGCGGCCAUCAAGCCGCCCGGGGGCAUCUACGACCAGAAGCCCAAGGAUAAGAUCGGCAAGGACAUGGGGGCCUUCGGGUCGGGCGUGGCCAUCGGGCAGGCGAUCGACGGCAGGUGCUUCCACUGCGAGCAAGGCGAGAACUCCCGCGAGUGGGGGGGCGCGCUGACCAACAAGCUCGGCCGACUUCCUCAAGUGCUUUCUGGGAGGGCCAAUGGUAGGGGGCGCUGCUGCGUGCCCCAUUUGCCUGGGCCAUCCCACGAGCGCGGGGAGGCGCCGAGCCGGGGGCGCAUCGGCGCCCCCGAUCGAAAGAAGCUGGGAGGCAUGCCUGAACCUGCGCAGGGGCUCGCGGGGGCCCCCGCGCGAGCCGUGGCGAAGGGGGAGAAGGUGGCCUGUGAGAAGAAUGUCACCGGGGUGGGCGCCGACCUGCUUUGCGAUCCACGCCGCGCAGCGCCCGUCGCGAAGGGCGGGGGCGAUAGGGGCGCCGACCCCCAGGCGGCCCAGCACCUGGCGCGCCCGGGCUGCGAACGCAACGAGCGGCCGAGGCAGGCAAAACCGUCCAGGGCUACUGCCGCGCACCAGUUCAACGACGUCGUCGGGCAGGACAUCUUCUUUGUGAUCGGCCCCGAGAACGCCGCCUGCAUCCCCGCGCUCAACAUCGCGCGCCGCGGUGCCAG